AAUGCGAUGAACUUGCCACCUGACAAAGCCAGGUUAUUGCGGCAGUACGACAACGAGAAGAAGUGGGAGCUCAUCUGUGAUCAGGAAAGAUUUCAAGUGAAGAAUCCUCCACAUACGUAUAUCCAAAAAUUAAAGGGCUAUCUUGAUCCUGCAGUGACCAGGAAGAAAUUCAGAAGGCGAGUCCAAGAAUCUACUCAAGUACUCCGAGAACUGGAAAUUUCUUUAAGAACAAAUCACAUUGGAUGGGUCAGGGAGUUCUUGAAUGAAGAAAACAAGGGCCUGGAUGUUCUGGUGGAAUAUUUGUCGUUUGCACAGUAUGCAGUCACUUUUGACUUUGAAAGUUUGGAGAACAAUGUGGAAAACUCAAUGGACAAGUCCAAACCUUGGAGCCGAUCUAUUGAAGACCUGCACAGAGGAAGUAAUUUACCCUCACCAGUUGGCAAUAGCAUUUCUCGCUCUGGCAGACACUCUACUCUACGGUAUAAUACCUUGCCAAGCCGAAGAACGCUAAAAAAUUCCAGAUUAGUGAGUAAAAAAGAUGAUGUUCAUGUCUGCAUCAUGUGUUUGCGUGCCAUAAUGAAUUACCAGUAUGGAUUCAAUAUGGUCAUGUCACAUCCACAUGCCGUUAACGAAAUUGCACUAAGUUUGAACAACAAGAAUCCCAGAACGAAAGCCCUCGUCUUGGAACUGCUGGCAGCUGUUUGUCUGGUCAGAGGAGGGCAUGAAAUCAUUUUAUCUGCCUUCGAUAACUUUAAGGAGGUUUGCGGGGAGAAACAACGCUUUGAGAAGCUAAUGGAGCACUUCCGAAAUGAAGACAACAAUAUUGACUUUAUGGUGGCCUGCAUGCAGUUCAUCAACAUCGUUGUCCACUCGGUGGAAGACAUGAACUUCAGAGUCCAUCUGCAAUAUGAAUUUACAAAAUUAGGCUUGGAUGAGUAUUUGGACAAACUUAAACACACAGAGAGUGACAAACUGCAGGUGCAAAUUCAGGCCUAUCUGGACAAUGUUUUUGAUGUGGGAGCUUUGCUUGAGGAUGCUGAAACCAAGAACGCAGCCUUGGAAAGAGUUGAAGAACUGGAAGAAAAUAUUUCUCAUUUAUCUGAAAAACUCCAAGAUACGGAGAACGAAGCUAUGGCAAAGAUUGUGGAACUGGAAAAACAACUUAUGCAGAGAAACAAAGAACUGGAUGUGAUUCGGGAAAUCUACAAAGAUGCAAAUACCCAGGUUCACACGUUGAGAAAAAUGGUCAAAGAAAAAGAGGAAGCCAUCCAGCGACAGUCAACGCUGGAGAAAAAGAUCCAUGAACUGGAGAAGCAGGGGACCAUUAAAAUCCAGAAGAAAGGUGAUGGGGACAUCUCCAUUCUUCCUGUGGCUCUGGCUUCUGGCAUGUUGCCAGCAGGAUCAGAAACCAUGGCUGGCACAUGUGUUGGAGCAGUUGCUGGAGCUGCAUCUUCAGUACCGUUGCCACCACCUCCACCGCCAUUACCAGCCUUAGCAGCAGCACCCGAGGCAGUACAAAAUGGUCCUUUGACGGCGCCGAUGCCACCUCCGCCCCCACCUCCACCGCCACCUCCACCGCCACCACCACCGCCUCCUCUCCCAGGUCCAGCUCUGGAGACAGCUCCCGCAGCUCCGCUGCCACCACCGCCCCCACCGUCGGCACCCCCCUUGCCGGGAACCGCCUCUCCCACUGUGGUUUUCAACUCAGGACUUGCAGCUGUGAAAAUCAAGAAGCCGAUCAAGACCAAGUUCCGCAUGCCUGUGUUUAACUGGGUCGCCCUCAAGCCCAACCAGAUCAAUGGGACAGUCUUCAACGAAAUCGAUGACGAGAGGAUCCUGGAGGAUUUAAAUGUGGAUGAAUUUGAAGAAAUAUUCAAAACAAAAGCCCAAGGUCCAGCCAUUGAUCUUACUUCCAGCAAGCAAAAGAUAACUCAGAAAGGGUCGAACAAAGUCACGUUACUGGAUGCAAACAGAGCCAAAAAUCUUGCCAUUACUUUAAGAAAAGCUGGAAAGACAGCAGAUGAAAUAUGCAAAGCUAUUCACGUGUUUGACCUGAAAACGUUGCCAGUGGAUUUUGUUGAAUGCCUGAUGCGGUUCCUGCCUACCGAGAAUGAAGUGAAAGUGCUGCGGCUCUACGAGCGGGAGAGGAAGCCCAUCGAGAACCUCUCUGAUGAAGACCGCUUCAUGAUGCAGUUCAGCAAGAUCGAGAGGCUGAUGCAGAAGAUGACCAUCAUGGCGUUUAUAGGCAACUUUGCAGAAAGUAUCCAGAUGCUGACCCCUCAACUUCACGCAAUAAUAGCUGCAUCUGUCUCAAUAAAGUCAUCCCAAAAGCUUAAGAAAAUACUGGAGAUCAUCUUGGCUCUGGGUAACUAUAUGAAUAGCAGUAAACGAGGAGCUGUGUAUGGAUUUAAGCUGCAGAGUUUAGAUCUGCUCUUGGAAACAAAGUCGACAGACCGAAAACAAACGCUGUUGCACUAUAUUUCUAAUGUUGUCAAAGAGAAGUACCAGCACGUGUCCCUCUUUUACAAUGAGCUUCAUUACGUAGAGAAGGCUGCCGCAGUGUCUUUGGAAAAUGUCCUCUUGGAUGUGAAGGAGCUGCAGAGAGGCCUAGACCUGACAAAGCGAGAAUACACCAUGCAUGACCACAACACAAUGCUGAAGGAAUUCAUUCAGAACAAUGAAGGAAAGCUAAAGAAACUGCAGGAUGAUGCAAAAAUAGCCCAGGAUGCCUUUGAUGAUGCUGUGAAAUACUUUGGGGAGAAUCCCAAGACAACACCCCCCUCAGUGUUUUUCCCAGUGUUUGUACGAUUUGUGAAAGCCUACAAGCAAGCAGAAGAAGAAAAUGAGUUGAGAAAAAAGCAGGAACAGGCCUUAAUGGAAAAACUUAUGGAACAGGAAGCACUGAUGGAGCAACAGGACCAAAAGUCUCCUUCACAUAAAACAAAGAGACAGCAGCAAGAGCUAAUUGCAGAGCUCAGGCGGCGGCAAGUCAAAGAUAAUAGACAUGUGUAUGAAGGGAAGGAUGGUGCCAUUGAAGAUAUUAUCACAGCCCUAAAGAAGAAUAAUAUCACUAAAUUUCCAAAUGUUCACUCGAGGGUAAGGAUUUCUUCUAGCACACCGGUGGUGGAGGAUACACAGAGCUGGCAAGCAUCACUUUUUACUUAGCUUCCUCCUCUCUCUGUAUGCCAGACAAACUGCGGGUAGAUGUAGCUAAAUGUAAUACUGGUGAGAGGCUAAAGGCCUGGUGGAGAUUUGGACCGCUUAUUUUUGACCUUCUGUGCAGUAGAGGAUCAGUAGGCCACUGGCAAGGACGCGCCCGUGAUGUUUCUGGAGUGGGCGGUCAGCAACUCCCUGAAACCCGAGCUGUAAAACCCUUGUUGUGAAGGGGCGCGUGUUGGAGGGAGCCCCAUAAGCCUGUUGUGCAGCGUCUGCGGGAGACGUCUCCUCAAAGCCCCAAGUUAUUCAGGAAACGUGUAGGCGAGAGCAGCUGCUCUCACGGGCUCGAAUGCUCCUUGACGGUAAGCGGCAGCCCUGGGCAUCCUGCUCUCCUCCCCUCCCAGCGCUGCGGACACCGAGGGCUCCAGGGCCCUGCGGAUGCCCAUGUGCUUUGGCACCAGCAGGAGAACACAACCCAAGCUUGAAGUGUCGCUGAGUUGCUCCCGUUUUUCUUACGAUGUGGCUCUGUCAAGCCCUUAAAAUACCAUUUAGUGUGUUCAAAGCGUGAUUGUUUACGGUGGCUGGUGACCAUUGCCACGCUUUCUUCGUUUUGGCCCUAACAUGGUCCUCUUCCAAGUUGAGCCUCAGCUCAACAGUCUUGUGCUCAGCUUGCCUUAACCCCGUAGCUCCCUGGAUGUAACGUCCAGCCAUUCCUGGUGCUCCCAGCCUCAGGGCCAGGGCAUAGCUCUGCCGGGGCUGGUGAAUAGGGCACAGAAGCUGGACGAACGGGCAGCCCAAAGCGUGGCGGCAGGAGAGGGCAGGAGAGGGCAGCGUCAAGCAAAGGCACCUUCUGCUGGAGAUGCUCCAAGAGCUGAGAGACUUGAAAGUUUUAUUUAAACGAAUCCGUGACAUUUGAGGGAGGGUUUGCCCAGUCCAACACAUGUUUGUUACCAAAAGGUCUACCAGACUCAGAUUUCCGGUAUUCCAGCUGUGCGCGUUAACCUCACUUGCUGCACGCAGGGUUUCCGUCUGUGUUGCAUAGGAGGGCCAGGAGGGCCGAGCCGGUUGCUCCCGUCAUCUUUUGGCAGGCAGAUUUGCAGCCCCCGAACACCAGCUUUUGUUGAAACGUCCAGCUUCACUGGUCAACACCGUUUAUCCAUUGCAAGCUCAGUGCAGCCCCGCUUCCCCCCCGCCCCCCAAGCUGUGCGCAGGACUGGCCGGGCCACGGCGCCUUGCAGGCACGGCGAGAGGGGGCCGCUGGCCACGCGAGGGGUCACCGCCGCUGCUGCUCGGUCAGCUCGGAAGCAGCUUUGCAGCCAAACAAGAUGGGUAGCAAUGGCCUAAAACAGCACCCUGGGCUUUUGCAAGCUGGUAACGGCAGCAUCUGCUUUUUCUCAUGAUACCGUCUUUUAAACAACUGGCUCUCUAGAGGGCACAGAGUCAUGCUUGUUUUGAUAAACGUUUAUAACAUUGUAGCCUGUGUUAUAUAGUCAGUCGCGCCGCAUGGCACUUCAGAAACCGCUUACAGCUCACACACAGGGUUUUUAGUGGCUGCAUAAUGGAAUCAAUUGUACUUCGGCUAAACAGAUUUCGGCUUAUGUUGCCUUUCUCCGUGACUUUGAUAAAUGUUGCCAGCCAGCGGGUGGGGAGAGGCUCGGGCUAAGGCGGGAGCACGCCUAGGUCGUUUCACCAGGAUUUCAGAGCAUUUCACCAGUAUUACCGGCUGCUUGGGUGUUUAGCGACAAGGGCACAUCAGUAUUUGCUCACUUCUAGUCUCGUUGGGUUGAAGUCCCUUCUACUGUUUCUACACAAGCUGCUUUGAUUGGCUUCCAGCAGGACUUCUUCUUGUCUAGACAGUGUGUGUGUGGAUGUGCGUGCGCGUGUCUGUCUGUCUCUCUGGCUGUCUGCGUGCGUGUGCGUGUGCGUGUGCGUGUGCGUGUGCGUGUGCGUGUGUGUGUGUGUGUGCGUGCGCAUGCGCGCAUGUGACUUAGGUGUUUCUGACCUCUGGUUUCCUCC